CACUAAUUUAAUCUUAUAAAAUUAACAAAAAUCAAAAGUUUCACUUUAUUGUGUUAAUUAAAAAUUAUAAAACUCAAUUUUCAUACAAUUUAAUUAUAAUUCGAUUACACUUGUUUAAAAAAAUGUUAUCAAUUUUCACGUCUUUGUCUGUGUAACGCGUGACUUUCCGUUAUUUACAGUCUCAAGUCGGGCCUCUCAUCUGCAUUUCUUCAACAUUUAAAACUCAUUAAUAUUAAAAUAUGUAACCAUAUGAUAAUAAAAGAUUCAUCGUCUAUCUGUUGCUGUGUUAAAAAGAAACUUUAAGUCAGAAGGUUGGUUGAAGGUAUUUGUUGAUGAACUUAUCAGUUGUAUUGAAACAGCAGAGCACAACAGUUGUCACUGAAAAUAAUGGAAGAGCUUACUUGGGAAACGAGAAAGUCGAUUGUGUCAACAUGGCCACUAAUGGGCUCAUAUGUACCAUUCAUAACAAUCACAUCCGUCUAUCUAUUUCUCGUCUUUGUCUUUCUUCCAAAAUUUAUGAGCAAUAGAAAGCCAUACAAUUUAAAAUUCAUCAUCCGAUGGUACAACAUUGGUCAAAUUUGUAUGUGUGUAUACGCUGUAUGGAAGCUGCACCUUUUUGGAUUUAGCUUUAAAAACACGUGGAAAUGUAUACCGACAGAUGGAGAAUUUACAAGACAAUUGAUGCAAUUGAAUGAAUCUUAUUGGUUUUUCAUAAUCAUGCGGUUAGUUGAAUAUUUUGAGACAAUUUUCUUUGUGUUACGUAAGAAAAGUCAUCAAGUGUCGGCUCUACACGUUUAUCAUCACAUCAGCACAGCAUUUUUACUCAUCACAUUCCUCAAAUAUAGCGGUGGGAUUAUGGAAGUAUAUCUAGGUGCAGUGAACUCAGUUGUACAUAUAAUAAUGUACAUCUACUAUUUACUAAGCUCAUUUGAAAUGACGAAAGGCUUAACAAACAAAGUCAAGCCAUUCCUGACACUCAUUCAAAUCACACAACUUGUAAUAAUUCUUGGACAUUCGAUUGUUGGUGCACUGCCUAGUUGUGGGACAGUUCAUUGGGUUUAUUAUCUUCAAAUUAUCAAUUUAUCGCUGCUAUUAACAUUAUUUGUCCGAUUUUAUAGGCAAAGUUUCAGUAAAAAGAAGGAAAAUUAGUGUCCAAAUUAAAAUUUUAAAUGUGAAUAUUUGUGAAUAAUUUUUUUUUAUUAAUGUGAAAUAAAUUAAUAACUUUUUUAUAAGAAAUCAUCUGAA